GGAAUUCGCUUGGAAAUGAUGAAAAUGCGACGCCGGUCAGAUUCACAGAGGGUCGACGUCGGUGGGUUGGCAGCGCCGGCCGGUCUUAGGUAAAUGACGUUUCGGCCAUUGAUAUCCGGUUCGGUGCUUGUGGUGUAACGCACGCAACAAACACGCGGCCACACGUUUCCAGAGGAAAGAAAAAAAAAUCUGGGCUAGCCACCGUAUGGUGUGUCUGUUGUUUUGUUGCGGUGAACCGUGCUGCUGCCAUAAGAAGGGAAGAGAAGAUUGAACGGACGACGCGCGUAUUGUUGAGGAAGAAGGCGCGUAUAGAUCGACGACGGGUGACGGACGGGUGAGGAGAGAAUAUAUUCAUCAACGCAACGCAACACGGACGUACGCAUACAUACGACAAUGUCCACGUCCAAUUACACAGCACCGGACAGCUGGGAGACGGAAGCUGACGGUGCGGCAAACGCUGCGGCGGCGGCUGCUGCUGCUGCUGCGGCGGCGGAAGCUGCGGAAGACGCCUCCGCCAAAUUCUCCACGUUGAAUGUGAACGCGGUGGAAUUCGUGCCCUCCUUUGGAUCGUUUCAAUCGUCGCAGGACGAGGACGAUGACGAGGAGGUAGAGGGUGGCCAAGUUGAAGCAGCAGCAGCACCAGCAGCAGUAGUAGCAGCAUCGGCUGCCGGUAACAAUAACAGCAGCAGCAGCGCAACAUCCUCGCCCAACAAGACGACGACAACGUCGACGGCGUCUCAAGAAGAAGGUGCAGUCGUCGCCAGCGAUAACGCAGCGACAUCCUCAUCAUCGACGUCAGCAUCGGCAACCCCUGAACACACUUCUUCGCCCUUGCCGCAGCAGCAGCAGCAGACGAACAUCGUCGUCAAUGGCACGAGCGGCGCAGAAGGCGGUGAGCGGGUGGUCGUCAAGGAACCUCCACCGAUUCCCCCGGCCGACGGGGAUGCAUCCCCUGGAGACGGAGGCGGCGGCACAUGGGAGGACGUCGCCGAGGACAACGACAACGAACAGAUGCUGCUCACUCCGGAGGGCGACGACGAGGAACCCUCUUCCGAAGAAGCACCCAAGCCCCCCAAAGUCGUUGAAGAGUCCGCGAGGAGCAAAAAAGAGCACGUGAACGUGGUUUUCAUCGGACACGUGGAUGCCGGCAAGUCGACAAUCGGUGGUCAGAUCAUGGCCCUCACAGGCAUGGUAGACAAGAGGACGUUGGAGAAGUACGAGAGGGAGGCUCGCGAGAAGAGCAGGGAGAGCUGGUAUCUCUCAUGGGCCCUCGACACAAAUCAAGAAGAAAGAGACAAGGGAAAAACAGUGGAAGUUGGUCGUGCCUAUUUUGAAACGGAAAGGAAACACUUUACGAUCCUGGAUGCGCCAGGCCACAAGAGUUUCGUUCCUAACAUGAUCAGCGGUGCCGCUCAAGCUGAUUUAGCAAUUCUGGUGAUAUCUGCUCGUAAAGGCGAAUUCGAGACUGGAUUCGAUAGGGGCGGACAGACGAGGGAGCACGCCAUGCUCGCAAAGACGGCAGGCGUGAAGCACCUGGUGGUUCUUGUGAACAAGAUGGACGAUUCGACGGUCAACUGGGACGAGGGCAGGUACAACGAAUGCAAGGACAAGAUACUGCCGUACCUGAAGAAGCUCGGUUUCAAUCCGGCCAAGGAUCUGAGCUUCCUGCCGUGCAGCGGACAGACGGGACAAGGAUUGCGCGAGCAGAUCGACGAGAAGGUGUGCCCCUGGUAUCGGGGGCCAGCCUUCAUUCCGUUCAUCGACGACCUUCCAUCGCUCAACCGCAAAGCGGACGGCCCCUUCAUCAUGCCCAUCGUCGACAAGUACAAGGACAUGGGCACCGUCGUCAUGGGAAAGGUCGAGUCCGGUAACUGCCGCAAGGGCACCAACCUCAUGAUCAUGCCGAACAGGACGCCCGUGAUCGUGGAUCAGCUGUGGUCUGAUGACGACGAAGUCAGCCAGCUGUUGCCCGGUGAGAACGUGAAGAUCAAGGUGAAGGGAGUUGAAGAGGAGGAUGUGUCACCAGGAUUCGUUCUCUGCGAUGCCUCCAAUCCCAUUCGAACCGGUCGCAUCUUCGACGCGCAGCUCGUCAUCCUCGAGCACAAGUCGAUCAUCUGCGCCGGAUACAGCGCCGUCAUGCACAUUCAUUGCGCCGCAGAAGAAGUCACCGUUAAAGCCUUAAUAUGUUUGGUCGACAAGAAGACGGGGGAAAAGAGCAAAACGCGACCGAGAUUCGUGAAGCAGGAUCAGGUCGCGAUAAUGAGAAUAGAGUGCGCCGGUGUCAUCUGCCUCGAAUCGUUCAAGCUCUUCCCGCAGAUGGGCCGAUUCACCCUCAGGGAUGAAAAUAAAACCAUUGCCAUCGGAAAGGUCCUCAAAGUCGUCGAAUAAGAAGAUUUUUUUUACAAACAAACAAACACACACACAUACACUCACACAAAACAACAUCAAAUCAAGAUACACGUCACAUAUGUACACGAAUCUUCUCGUUGAAGAUGAUAUUGAUGGAAGAGUGGAGGAUGAUAAGCGGGGGAGGAGCACAAUGAUUUGGACUUUGUUGUUGUGAGAAUUAUGCCGAAGAACAAGAAGAACUCUAUAUAUGUGUAUCUCAUUUAUAUACAUAUACAUAUGUAUAAGUCCGUGCGUGUGUGCGUGCGUGGUGCGUGCGCGAGAGACGUAUUAUAUAUAUAUUUACAUUUUGGGCGGUUUAGAUAUUAUAUAUAUAUAUAUAUAUAGCUGUUAACAAGUUAAAAACAGAAAUGGUAAACACGACGGAGCGAAGCAACUGUAAAGGAGGUGGUGGAGGAGGAUGAGGGGUGUGGGAUGCUGAUGGUCGACGAAUAAGAAAGGACAAAGAAAAAUAAUUACGUAA